UGAAUGGUAGCAAUUCUCGCGGUUAUAACGUUUGCGAUCUGUUCUCCUCCUCAUACGGACUCGUCGGAGACCAAAUAUCGCCGGAAGAUUGAUUCCGCCGUUGAGUAAUCGGAGCUGAUUAGGUUUGAUUUCGUUAUGGAGAGUUUGAUUGCGCUUGUGAACAAGAUUCAGAGAGCCUGUACGGCUCUGGGAGAUCACGGCGAGGGAAGCUCCCUCCCAACUCUCUGGGACUCAUUGCCUGCGAUUGCCGUCGUCGGUGGUCAGAGUUCUGGAAAGUCUUCAGUGCUGGAGAGCGUUGUUGGAAAAGAUUUUCUACCUCGUGGAGCUGGGAUUGUUACACGUAGACCUCUUGUCCUGCAGCUUCAUAGAAUUGAUGAAGGGAAAGAGUAUGCAGAGUUUAUGCAUCUUCCAAAGAAGAAGUUCACCGAUUUUGCUGCUGUGAGGCAGGAGAUUUCGGAUGAGACAGAUCGUGAAACUGGUCGCAGUAGCAAAGUAAUAUCUACAGUCCCAAUUCAUCUCAGUAUCUUCUCUCCUAAUGUUGUGAAUUUGACACUUGUCGAUCUUCCUGGGCUGACAAAGGUAGCUGUUGAUGGCCAGCCUGAGAGCAUUGUUCAAGACAUCGAGAACAUGGUCAGAUCGUUUAUUGAGAAGCCCAACUGCAUCAUACUAGCUAUUUCCCCUGCAAAUCAGGAUCUUGCUACAUCUGAUGCCAUUAAGAUCUCUCGUGAAGUUGAUCCAAAAGGAGACAGGACUUUUGGAGUUUUAACUAAAAUUGAUCUCAUGGACCAAGGCACUAAUGCUGUUGAUAUACUUGAAGGAAGGGGAUACAAAUUAAGGUAUCCUUGGGUUGGUGUUGUAAACCGGUCUCAAGCUGACAUUAAUAAAAGUGUUGAUAUGAUUGCUGCUCGUCGGCGUGAACGUGAUUACUUCCAGACUAGCCCAGAAUACAGACAUUUAACUGACAGAAUGGGUUCAGAGUAUUUAGGAAAGAUGCUCUCUAAGCAUUUGGAAGUUGUUAUCAAGUCGAGAAUCCCGGGACUUCAGUCUCUUAUCACAAAGACUAUUUCCGAGUUAGAGACAGAGCUAAGCCGUCUUGGGAAGCCUGUAGCAGCUGAUGCUGGUGGAAAACUUUAUAUGAUCAUGGAAAUUUGCCGUGCCUUUGAUCAAACUUUUAAAGAACACCUCGAUGGCACGCGUUCAGGUGGUGAAAAGAUAAACUCUGUGUUCGACAUUCAAUUCCCAGCUGCCAUUAAAAGACUGCAAUUCGACAAACAUCUCUCCAUGGACAAUGUACGGAAACUGAUCACUGAAGCAGAUGGAUAUCAACCUCAUCUCAUAGCUCCUGAACAAGGUUAUCGCCGCCUCAUAGAAUCAUGCUUAGUCUCCAUUAGAGGCCCUGCUGAAGCAGCUGUUGAUGCGGUUCAUUCCAUUCUCAAGGAUCUUAUCCACAAAUCCAUGGGUGAAACAUCAGAACUGAAGCAAUAUCCAACACUGAGAGUAGAAGUAUCAGGUGCAGCCGUGGAUUCAUUGGAUCGAAUGAGAGAAGAGAGCAGGAAAGCAACUCUGUUACUAGUGGACAUGGAGUCUGGUUACUUAACGGUCGAGUUCUUCAGGAAACUCCCGCAAGAUUCUGAAAAAGGUGGGAAUCCAACACAUUCGAUAUUCGACAGAUACAACGAUGCAUAUCUCCGAAGAAUCGGUUCGAAUGUGUUGUCAUAUGUGAACAUGGUCUGCGCUGGCUUGAGAAACUCCAUACCGAAAUCCAUUGUUUACUGUCAAGUCCGUGAAGCAAAACGAAGCCUUCUAGACUUCUUCUUCACCGAGCUUGGCCAGAAAGAGAUGAGCAAAUUGUCGAAAUUGUUGGAUGAGGAUCCUGCGGUUCAGCAGCGAAGGACUUCGAUUGCGAAGAGGCUGGAAUUGUAUAGAAGUGCUCAGACGGAUAUUGAAGCAGUUGCUUGGUCCAAGUAGAGAGACGAGACCUCUCCACACUCCAUUUUUUGUUUCUUUAGGAUACGUUUCCUUCUUCAUUUUUUUUUGUCUCUUUUUUCUUUUUUCCUUUUUCCAUUUGUCUUUGUAUUCCGUGUUCGAAUUAACAUUGUUUCUGAAUAAGUUUCUGUAAGACGAUAGUUGGUCAAAUUAUUUGAAAAAAAAAAUGAAUUCACGGA